AUGUCUACAUAUGUAAAUGAUGGAUUAGAUGGUGUUGAUGAUUUUACAAUUCCUCAUGAUGAAGAGGAUUUGUUAGAAAAUUCAUUUGAACAGGCGCAUGCAGUUAAUAAUCAAGUGCUUAGUACGAAUGGAACUACCACGGUUAAUAGAAGUGGUUUAAAUUCUGGAUUACUGAACUAUUAUAGUCAGUAUUUUCAUUCCACAGAAUUUCUUUUGAGAGUUAGAUUGACAAUUUUGAAUAAAGAUUUAAAUGAAAUUGAGGAUUUUUAUGGGUUUACUUGGUUAGUUAUGUCAUGUGCGUUAAUGAAGAUGGUUACUAAGACAUUUUUUGAAUUAAUAGCUGUACAAUUAAUCCAGGGGAUUCAAAUGGAACAUGAUUCAAAUAAGGAUAUUAAUUUAAUGUUUCAUACGUUAUGGAUAUUUAUAUUAUUUGAUAUGUUAGGGUCUUUUUUAAUGUCAUACAAGUUAAAGUCAAAUGGGCCAAUAAAAUAUGUGUCUGUUUUGAGUAUUAUCGGGUAUAGUAAUGUCAAUUGGUUGGUAUUAUUCCCUAUUGUAGAUUUUAUCAACUAUCUUUUACCAAAUGGUACAAGUUUCAUAAUAAGAAAUGGUAUAACAUUAUUAUUUUUUAUACUAGUUUUAUUAAAAAUUAUUCAUUUUCUUUGGGUACAAAGUCUUUGGACACUAGAUUUCACUAAUAAGAUACUCAUAGCAACAAUUCAAAUUUUGAAAAUGUUUAUAAUUAAAUUAGUUUUAUAA